AUGUGUCCGUUCCAGUAUGGCAUUGAUUUCAGCGCUAUCGGCGGUCUUCAAGCCAUGCCUGGCUUCCUGGAGGUCUUCGGCAACAAAGACCCCAGCAGCCCCAUUGGCUACAACAUCUCCCCGGGACGACAGCAGCUCAUCUCCUCGUUGAUGACCCUCGGAGCCUUUGUUAGUUCGUCGAGCGCCGGUAUCUUUGCAACGUGGCUCGGCCGACGCCACUGCCUGUGGAUGGCAUCAUUGCUGUGCUGCGUCUCCAAUCUGGUUAUGAUGCUAACCACGAAUCUGUCUGGAAUCUACGCUGGCCGCUUCUUGAUCGGUAUCGCAAACGGAUGGUACAUGACAUUUGCACAGCUCUACAUCCAGGAGAGCACACCAGCCCGAUACCGCGGUAUGAUGAUCUCCGUCUUCCAGUCCUGGACCUCCAUCGGCAGCCUUGUUGGCACUGUUGUCGACAACGCAACGCACAGCAUCCCGGGCAAAGACUCAUACCUGAUUCCGCUUGGCAUCAUCUAUGUCGUCCCCGUCCUGAUGUCCAUUGGCCUCUUCUUCAUUCCUGAGUCUCCCCGCUGGCUGCUCCUUGUGGAGAAGAACGACCAGGCUCGCCGGUCACUGAUGUGGAUGCGCCCUCACCAGGAUGCCGUGCAAGAAGAGAUGGACGACAUUCAGGCGGCUAUCCUCGCCGAGAAGGAGCUAGCGACUAGUGCAAGCUUCAUUGAUAUCUGGAAGAACCCGGUCGAUAGGCGAAGGACUCUCCUGGCUGUUGCAGCUGUAUCCAUCCAAGCGGCGUCUGGAGCUAUGUUCAUGAUCGCUUACGGAACCUACUUCUUCGAGAUGGCACACGUCGGAAACGCCUUCCAGAACUCCUGCAUCCUCACCGCUGUCGGCGUCUUUGUCAUCAUCGUCAACAGCUGCGUCAUCUCCAAAAUCGGCCGCCGACGCGUCUUCCUCAUGAUCGGCAUGGCCAUCUGCGGUGUCUCGCAGUUUAUCGUCGCUGCCGUCUACCACGUGCAUCCAGGCACCGUAGGAACAGGAAAGAAGGUCAUCGUCGCCAUGUCCGUCAUCUACAUCUGCGGCUACAACGGUAUGGUCGCAACCUACGCCUGGCUUGCGGGCGGCGAGAUCCCAUCCCAGCGUCUCCGGUCCUACACUUUCGGUAUCGCAGCCGCGGUCGGUUUCGCCGGCGCAUGGCUCGCCACCUUCACAGCGCCAUACUUCAUCAACCCCGAUGCUCUGAACUGGGGCCCUGAAUACGGCUGGAUUUGGGGGCCCUCUUGCCUGGUCACUGUCGUCUGGAUCUACUUCUUCCUGCCCGAGAUCAAGAACCGCACCCUCGAGGAGAUCGACGAGAUGUUCGAGGCGAAGCUACAAGCGCGCAAGUUCAGGAAGUAUGUGUGCACGGGAAGGCAUGUUAGCGAUGAGAAGAUUGUGGGGGAGAGUGACACUGUAGAAGAGAAGGUCUGGAGUAACGAGAAGGCUACUGCGGAGGCUACGGUGCAUAUUGAGUGA